CAAAAACAACAAAAAAAUUCUAAUGGUAGUGGUUAUAGACAGGUACUUUUUGCUUGUGAAAAACAGAGGAGUUAUAAUGGAAAAAAAGAACAUAGUCACGAAAUUUAUCUGGAUGCUAGAAAGUUUAGUAGUAAUAUGCGCAAAUUUGAUCAGGAUAAACUAGACACAAUUGAGAAGCUUCAUGAUACUGGACUUCGAACAAAGGAUAUAUAUGUU